GUCAGUUGAUUGUCAACUGUCAACUUGUCUUUGUCGUCUGUCAGUACGUGUACGUCAGUCUUCAGAGUCAGUGCUGUUUUUUGCUAAUUUUCUCGCAAGGUUAAAAAUUGCCGUUUUGUUUUGGUGGUAUGUGGUGAACAGACAAGAUGUCACUGUGGGCAAAAGUACAAACGCUUCCACCAGGGAGUCUGCAACAAAUUUAUGGGGAUGUGUUUCCUAUUGAAGUCAGACACUACCUAGCCCAUUAUAUUGAAGAAAAGUUUUGUUGUGAUAUUGAUCCAGACAAUCCACAACAUGAGCAGUACAUUGCAAGCUUGAUCAACUCUUUAAUCAAAGAGAUAGAGGACAAAGCAUCAGUUGUAACUGAUUCAGAAUAUUUCCUUACAAAACUAAAACUUGCUGAAGCUGCAAAGUUAUUCAAAGAAAGAUACAGUUCUUGUCCAAUGCAACUCUUUACCCUUAUUCGUAGCUGUUUAGCUGCUGAAAUGAGACUGCUUAAUGCAGCCGGUGUGGGCAAUUUCAAUGGUUUUUCAAAUUUGAUAUCGAACAGCAAUGCAGAAAUUUUACAAAAGAUCAACGUUUUAAGAAACAGAACUCAGAGUACAGCGGAAGACAUAAGAAAAAUGGAGGAAGAGUUAGAGUCGUUUGCAUUACAAUAUCAUGAGUGUCAGAAAAUUACAGCACAUUUGCAGCAGAUGAUUACCCAACAGAACUCACAAAUAUCUAACAGCAAUGCUACAAAACUUCAAAAACAAAAAGAGGUAGUAGAAGCCAGUCUCAACCAAAAGUUGGCUGCCCUGUUACAGUUAAAGUUAGCUUUAGGCGAUAAAUUAAAAGAAACGUUUCAAUUGGUGGCCCAGUUACAAACACAUGUUUUGGACGAGGAACUUAUUAAAUGGAAACGAGACCAACAGUUGGCUGGAAAUGGAGCUAACUUCAAAAGCAAUUUAGACACUAUACAGGAAUGGUGCGAAAGUUUGGCAGAAUUAAUUUGGUUGAAUCGGCAACAAACUAAAGAGGUUGAAAGGUUGAAGCAGAGAGUACCUAUGGUUGAUCCGCCUGUAGUAGCUGAUGUGCUACCUCACCUACUUCAGGAGUUUACACAGUUGCUGUCGACGCUAGUUACCUCGACUUUUAUUAUCGAAAAACAACCUCCACAAGUAAUGAAGAAAAAUACGCGAUUUACUGCUAGUGUUCGCCUCCUGGUUGGAGGAAAACUGAACGUUCAUAUGACGCCACCACAAGUUAAAGUUACAAUCAUAUCAGAAUCGCAGGCGAAUAUGCUUUUAAAGAAUGACAAACUAGGCAAAAAUGAAAGUUCUGGAGAGCUUUUAAAUAAUAUUGGCACAAUGGAAUACCAACAAAGCUCCAGACAACUUGCGGUGAGCUUUAGAAACAUGCAGUUGAAGUCGAUCAAAAGAACCGAAAAGAAGGGUAAGGUUCAUGGAUCUGAAAGUGUAAUGGAUGAAAAGUUCUCUCUACUAUUCCAGUCACAAUUUAGUGUCGGAGGAGGAGAAUUAAUGUUCCAAGUGUGGACCUUGAGUUUACCAGUUGCAGUUAUUGUUCACGGUAAUCAAGAGCCGUAUGCUUGGGCGACUGUUACAUGGGAUAAUGCUUUUAGUGAAUCUGGCAGAAUACCUUUUGCUGUACCAGAAAAAGUACCGUGGGUUAAAGUAGCAGAAAUGCUAUCUCUUAAAUUUCGAGCCGCCACUGGAAGGGGUCUAACGGAGGACAACUUACGAUUUUUGGCAGAAAAGGCCUUCAGGGGUAAUUACAACGAAUCAACAAAUGCCAUGCUAAGCUGGUCGCAGUUUUGUAAAGAACCAUUGACUGACAGGAAUUUCACUUUCUGGGAAUGGUUUUUUGCCAUCAUGAAACUUACCAGGGAGCACCUAAGAGGACCAUGGGCUGAUGGUGCCAUCAUGGGUUUUGUCAGAAAGAGAAAGGCGGAGGAGAUUCUAUCUUCGCGGGUUCAAGGAACCUUUUUAUUAAGAUUUUCUGAUAGCGAGUUAGGAGGUAUAACAAUCGCUUGGAAUUCCGAUUCUGGAGACGUUUUCAGUUUGCAACCUUUUACACAUAAAGAUUUUGCCAUCAGGUCUCUGGCCGACCGCAUUUCAGAUUUAAAUCACUUGAUAUAUCUAUAUCCAGAUAUAUGCAAAGAGAUUUUGUUUGGAAAAUAUUACACACCAUAUCAAGAUAACCCUCCAUCGGCGAAUAAUGGUUAUGUCAGGCAAAUAUUAGUGACUCAGAUUCCAGGUUUUACUUGCUUUCCUAAUUCUUACCCCAACACGCCACAACACGAUUCCACUCGUGAUACAGCGUCGGUAAUUAGUAGUUGUCCUGGAUCUGUAGCUUCGACGGUCCCCAGCCACAUAAACGGUCCCACGGAAUAUCUCGACCAAUUUGAGGACAUAAAUGGAUUAGUCAACUUUGAGAUGAUGAGCUAGGACGAGCGAAGGCAAAAUUUACAUCUGUAAAAUUGAUAGAUUUAUAAAUACGUAGGUUUUAUGUUUUUGAUUGGACGGACCUCAUUUUACUGAAGGUAACAAACCAAUCUGUGAUAAUCCGUCUGUAUGGUCAUAACGAGUUGUGAUAUUGUAUCAAAUUACUAUUUUUAUAACCUUUUCAUUAGACAUUCAGACAAAUAGUAGAUCCUGCGCAUAAAUUCUAUCAACAAAUAGCUCAGGGAAAUAAAAUUUCUCUCGGGACAAAUCCUGGUAUCUGAAAAUUUUUUAAGUUAUUAUAGGUCUAUACAAAGAAAACCUAUUAGUCAUGGAUCCCGCCUAUAUAAAGAAGGCCUAUAUAAAGAAAAGCUGAAAAUAGUAUUUUUAGUGUCGUAGCACCUUUACUUUACCUGGGGAUGAGGCGAGUUAAUAAAUUAUAUUUUCUUCGUAAUAUGUACAAAUAAUCUAUAUAAAAUCUCUAUAUAUAAGGCAUAAAAUAGUUCUAAGAAUAAAAAAACACGAUUCACUUCAGAUUGCUUCAAAUGCACUAACGCUUUGUAUAAAAACAAAAUACUGAAAAUUCUACAAAAUUCAAUUCGUAUUGUCAAUAGUUCGGACUGCAAGUUAUUAGAAAAUAAAUCUCAUUUUACAAUGUCUUAACACUGGCCGGGCAAUAAAAAAAGGUAUUUAUGUACCGCUGUUUAGUACUCUAACGCUUCGAAUAAAAACAGAUUUUAAAAAUUCAACAAAAUUCAAUGUAUCAGUUGUCAAUGGUUCCCACUGCAAGUUAUUAGAUAAAUAAAUAUCAUUUUACAAUGACGACACAGUCUUGGCAAUAAAAAAAGGUAUAGAUGUAAAAGAAGAAGAAGAAAUGUAGAAAAUAUUUUACCUCUAUUUAGAUAUUUAUACCCUUUUAUACAAAUACCAACUUCGCAAGUGCUUGGGCACGCUCGUGUCGAGUCGAGCGCGUAUAUUAAGGGGUUAAUAAUUUUUAAACGUGUCAUUUGGUCUGUGUCACAUGUCAGAGAUUGGACAUUCUUAAUGAAACACUCUGUAUAGAUCUAUAAUAACCAAAAAAAUUUUCAAUAGCUGGAUUUGUUACUGUCCCGAAAAAGGUCUUUUUGGCUUAUUUCCCUGGUGUAGAAUGACUUAAAGUAGGAUUAAUUAUAAAUAAUGAAACAUAUCGAUUCGUGGUAUUGCUUUAAAUGUGAUUAAUUUCAUUGGGAACCACUUUAAUGCCAUAAUGCAAGUGCAAUAUAUCAUUAAUUUGUUGUAUAAUUCAGCUGUUUUUAGUAUUUUAGUUUUGUAAUAUUUUACAUAUUUUUAACACGAAAAUUUUUUGUUGUAGUUUUAUAGAAUAGUUAAUAAAAAUAAAAUUCGUUACUUGUA